AUGAAUAAAAAUUUCAAUGACAACCAAAAAAAAAAGAGAGGUAAGAAAAAUGACAUUAGAAGAUAUGAUUUCAAUAAAAAGAGUAAGAGUUUUAAAUAUAAAAAGUCCAAAUUAAAAAAGAAAUUUCCUAUAAUUAAAAAAUGUAAGAAUAAAAGUAAUAACAUAUAUAUAAAAAAAGAAAACAAUAAGAGACUUAACAGUAAUACAACAGAUAAUAAUAGAAAAAAUAUCUAUGAUAUUGAAUAUAUGCUAAACGGUAUAAUUGAAAAUAAAAUACAUUUAAAAAAAAUAGAUGAAAAUUUUAUAAUUAAUUUAAAAAGAAUUUAUGAUAUAAAUAGUUUAUGGUUUAAUUUAAAAAAAAAUAUAGAACAUAUAGUUUUAAAAUAUGUUUUAAAAAAAAAAAAAGAUAAGUUACAAUACGAUAAUAUAAAUUUCUAUAUAAAAAAAUUACAAAAAAAAGAGUUUAAUAAAACAAAAGAAGUAAAAGAAAAUUUAAGAAAAGAAGAAGAUAAUGAUAGAAAAAAUGCUUUUCAGCAAAAAUUAUUUUUUAUAGAAAAAGAUGAUACACUUUUUGAGUUUGAUAAUGAAAAAAAUCAAAUUGUAUUAAAUUUCAAACAAUGGAAAAAUAAAAUAAAAUUGUUAUUAAAAAGUAAAAUACUACAUUCAGUAAAAGAUGAAAAUAAUAAAGAAAAAAACUUUAUAGAAAAAAAUAUUGAAUACAAUAAUAUACCAAUAUAUUUAAAACAAAUUUAUAAUAUAAAUGAUGAAAGGGAUAAACCAAUAAAUAACAUAAAUUUAAAAUUAUUAUUAAAAAAAAAAGUAAAUAUGAAAGAUAUAUUUAAUUUACUUUAUGAUAUUGGUUUAAAUAUGAUUUAUUCUAAUUAUAAAAUUUUUAUGGAAAAAUUUUCAGAAGACGAUGAAAAAAUACAUUUGGAAAUAAUUCACAAUAAGAAUAAUAUUUUUAGUGAUAGAAUUAAUAAUAUUGUUGUAUUAAUUAAAAAAAAUCCACUAGUAUAUAUUGUUUAUGUACAAAUUUUAAUUGAUUAUUAUCAAAAAAAAGAAGAUGUAUUUAUAAAAAAAUCUAUUUUAGAAUGUUUAAAGCAUAUAUUUUUGUUUGUUUUACCAAAUGAUAAUUUACAAGAUAUUCAUGAAAAUAAUAAAGACAUUAUAAAUUAUAUUUUAAAUAUAUUAUUUAAUAGAUUUAAUUUUAAAGAAUAUAAUUUUUCUUCAUUUUAUUUCUUUUUUAAUGCUUUAAUUUAUCUUUAUGCAUUUGAAAAUUUUACGAAGAAAUUAUUUUUGAAAUAUAUUUUUAUUUUAAAAAACGGUUUAUACAGUUUGAUACCAAGUGUGUUUUAUAUUUCUGCAAAAAAUAUAAAUGAGUUUUGUUUAAAGAAAAAAGAAAACAAAUAUGCGAAUUUAAAUAUAAUAUUAGAAGGAUACUUAGCUCUUAAAAAAGGAAAUCCAUUACUUUUAAAUUUUUUAAAACAUAUUAUAACAAUUGAUAAUUUGAGAAGAUAUAUUACUUUUUUUUUGUUCGAAAAAAUUUUGUCAAAUUUGAGGUUUUGUGUUGAUAAUAUUGUUUUUUCAUUAAAAAAUAUAGAAAAACAUAAAAAUAUAAAUGAUAAAUUAAAAAGUGAUAUCUUAAGUAUAAAUAGAUGUUUAUAUCUUUUAUAUAAAAUUAAAUGCAAUUCAUUUAAUGAUAUAACUGAAAAUAUAAUUUAUUUUUCAACAUAUCUUUUUGAAAUGUUUUCAAAAAAUGUUUAUGAACUAUUUGAUAAUAAAAAUGUAUUUUUAAAUGAAUGGAAUAUAGAGAAAAUGAGUUACAUAAGGUAUAAUAAUGAAGCAGAUAAUAUGAAAGAUAGUGACAAAUUAAUUAAUGAUAAUGAACAAAUUGUUAAAGAGGAUAAUAAAAAAAAAAUAAAUGAAGAAAAAAUAUCAAACAUAAAUGGAGAUUCUUCUUCUAUUAAUGCAAAUAAUAAUUGUGAUGAUGAUGUUAAUAUGUGUAUUAAUGGUGAAGUAGAUUACAACCUUAAUAAUUUUGUUAAUGAAUCCCACCAGUCUUCAUGUAUGUUUUAUAAUGCAUCUAUAAAUGGAAAUGAUGAAAUUUCAGUUAAUGAUAAAAAAACAGAUACUAGCAAAAAUGGGGAAAUAUAUAUGAAAGGAAACGAUGAAGAAAUAUAUAAAACAGAAGAGGUAACUAAUAUAAAAAAUGAUAAAAAUUUGAAUAAUGAAUGUAAUGAUAUAAAAAAUAUAGACAUUAGUAAAAAUAAAGAGAAUAAUUCCAAGUUUGUUGUAGAUUUAAAAAAAGGAAAAAAAGAAAAAAAAAAAAUAGAAAAAAAUAUUUUUCAUAAAAAUUGUUUGUAUUAUUACUUAAGUAAAAAAGUUCUUAAAUUAUUAUCUAGUAUUUUAUUCAAAAAUAUAUACUUCAUAAUUUAUAAUAAAUGCUUAUUAUUAAAAAAUCAGAAUAAUACUUACAUAAAUAGAUCAUCAGAAAAAAAAUAUUUACACAGUUUGAAUUUUCUUUCUUUUCUGAAAGUUAUAAACAGUGUUGAUUCAUAUAAAAUUAAAAUAAAUUUUCUCAUUAUUAUGUUUCUUUUAUUAUAUUCUUCAAAUCAAAUAGAUGAUAAUAUAUAUUGUUAUUUUUAUAGUAUUUUAAAAAAUAUAAAUUAUUAUGAAAGCGAAUAUACAUACAAUUUCUAUGGCUUAUUAACAGUUAUAAUUUUAACAGAUAAUAAUUUAAUUAGGAAUGUCAGCUUUAUAAAAAGAAUUUUUCAAUAUAGUAUUCAUUCAAAUGAAUCUUGUGCUCAUUUAUUUUCUUUAAUGAUGAUACGAUACUUAAUUUUAAAAAAGAGCUUUUUAAUAAAAUUUUUAUAUAAUGAUGAAAAUAAAUUAUAUGAUCAAAAUUUUGAUUACGUAAAAAACUCAUAUAUAUUGAAAUUUAAUAAAUAUCAUAAAGAGGAAAAUAUAAAAAUGAACGAUAAAAUGUUUGUAUAUAAUAAGUCUGUAAAUAAUCCUGUAGAUUCCAAUUCUAUAUUAACACAUUUUUAUGAAUUUUAUAAUUUAUCAUCUAUGCUCAAUGAUAAUUUUAAAAAUAUUUUACUUGAAUUUAGAAAUAUAACAAUUUUUAAUUAUAAUCCGUUUCAAAGAAAAAGAUUUAAUCUAAUUAAAAACAGUUGUAAUAAUAAAUAUAUUAAUAUUUCGAAUUCUCCAGAUCAAAAAAAUAAAAAUGAUUUAAUUUUAAAUGGAGAUAAUACUCAAGAUAUGAUAAACAAAGAGAGCAAUAAAGAAAUUAAUAAUAAUAAAGACCAAAAUGAAAAAAAAAAUGAUGAUGAUAUAAUUAUCAAUAUAAAGGAGAAUGGUAAUAAAAAAAAAGAUAGAAUGAAUUAUGCCAUUAAGGAUUUUAAAGAUGGUAAUUCUUUAGGUUUUACAAAUAAAAAUGAAGCAUGUAAUGAAUUUAAUAAUUAUACUUAUGAAACCAAUACAGUUAUUAAUAUUAUGGAGAAAUUAACAAUAGAAUAUAAAAAUGCCAAAGAUCAGGUAAAUAUUUUAAAUAUUUUUAAUAAUUUUUUGCAUGAUUCAUGUAUUAAUGAAAAGGGUGAUGGAGUAAAUGAGACAAUUAAACAAAAAUCAAAAUUAAUGAAUAAUACAUAUCAGAAAUAUUUUUAUGAUAUUCUAUAUUAUUAUAAUAAUAAUAUUUUUAAGAAAUUUAAAGAUAAAUAUCAAAUUAAAAAAAGUAAACCGAAUGAUGAGGAAAUAUCGUCAUCCAUUGAUGAAGAACAGGAAGAAGAUGCAUAUUUGGAUGAAUUUAUUACUAAAAAUUUUGAUAUAGAUAAAGAUUUAGAUGAGGAUAUCUUGUACGAUAAUAUGAAAAAUAAUUGUAAAAAGAAAAAAAGAAAAAUGAAUGAAGAAAAUAAUUCCAAAUAUAAGAAUUCUAGAAAUUUUCAUAAAAAGCAGCAUACUACAAAAAAAAACGAAUCUACAGAUAUACUAGACUUUUCAGAUUUUGCUAAAUUAAAAAAAAAAGAAAUAAAAAUUUAA